UUGGAAUGUUCGCUUAGUUGUCCCCUCCGCAGGCUGGGCAGAGCCUGGAGGGGAACUCAGCCAGUGGGGACAAAGAGAUGUUGACUUCUGUUUUGUAGACGAAAUUCAAGGGUGGGCUGCUUCAAGGAGUGAGCGAGAAACAAGCCCCACAAGAACAUUCCUUACAGUUAUACCAUUUUAAGACCAAGUCCCUCAGUCCCCUCAGAGGCAUGGCAGGAAAGAUGUUCCCUGAAAUAUUAAUAGGUGACUCUGAGGACACUUUCAAGAAACCACCAACUGGAAAAAACAUCUUUCGUACCCGAAGGGAUGUGAGGUUGAUAAGCCCAUUAAGUGCAGAUGAAGAAUCCCAUCAGAGUAACAGUCUAGCAGACUCUGUAGAGAGAAGAGAGGAAUUUGCUGCUGAAUACAAAUGGCACAAGGAUGGAGAUGGUUAUGGCCAUAAAGAGGAGCCUGGGAUAGAGAACAAAUGCAAGCUCCAUGAGGCAAGCGGAGCAUGCAAGGAGGGUGAAGGAAGCCAGCCGCAGCAGAAGCCAGUGUAUAUAUCUUUGCUUGAUUUUGGAUGGCUGCAUGAGAUGGGUGAGGAAGAAGAGGAGGAGGAAGGGGAACCACACCAAGUUGUCCCAGGCAACAUCACUGCAGAUGGAUGUUCAGGGCUGGCAGUGAAGGAGAUUUCUGGUGAUGGUGCACACCAGGAGCUUUGGACGCCAUUCACGAGCAAUACAGAGGAACAGCUGGAGUCCCGAAUGAGUGAGCUGGGCUCGAUCUCACACAGUUUCAAGAUAGAGGGUAAAACCACCCCUCCGUUCUCCAGGCCAGAACACCCUGAGAACAGCUCUGGGGACUCGGAGAGCUACUGCCUCUUAGAUGAGGAUUCCAUCCUGAGCGACUCCGCUGUCUCCACCGGCUACUUCCCCUGCUACAGAACGUAUGGCGAGCUCCCACGCUACCAGCCGCCCCGCAGUGCCAGUUCUCAAGCAGGCAACGCAGAAGGGCGGGCAGGAAGCAGCUGUGAUGCCAGCGUCCAAUGCAGCGGGUGCUCCGAGGAGGACCUGAAGGUCUCAGAUACAAGAGCCAGUGACACCACUCAGAGCUCCAGGGAUCGAGGUGAAACAUUGACCUGUGAGACCGUACCCAGCAAUCCCAACGCACCAAGCGGGGGACCACUGGCUGAAGGCAACAGACACAGACCAUCUGGGAAGGAAUUUGAAGGUCAAAAGGACAGAGAUUCUAGUCAGCAGCAUCUAGUAUUGGAGACACAAAGGGGAUUUGGUCCAGAGGUGAGUGAAAACCUGAAGGAGCCUGAAGACACCCUCACAAAGGAGGCUGCCUCUGAGUUACUCGUGCCGGGGGGCACACCCUCAGUGUCUCUGGGGAAAGACUCGGGACAGCUGCCAGGGACAGAGCCUCAGAGCAGCCUGUUGCCCAGCAAAGGCAAAGUGCCCACAUCAUUAGACUCUGCAGCCAUCACCAAAAAAUCGUCCCCAAAGAAACAGCAAAAGCAAUGCAGGAAGGAGGAGGAGGAGGUCCGCCGUGCAAAGCUCGCCCCACUGCUGGGCCUAGGGGAUGCAGUGCCCGGGCGGAAAAGAGGCUCUCGGUUUCCAUGUGGGCACAGCCCAGAGACGGGGCACUGUGAGAUUGAAGCAUCAGGAAGUGGACAGGAAGGAGGGCACGGGAAGCUCUCACCACGCUCUUGUCCCACAACCUCUGGCAACUGCACCGGUGAAGAGCCACGAUCCACCCCCUCCCGGCUCAGCCUGCGCUCCUUGGUAAACUGGGUACGAAAGAUCUUCAGGAGGUCAUCUACGGUGAAGCCACAGGCCGCCAGCAGCUGGGGGACAGAGGAGGCCAGGGGACAAGUGGGCAGUAGGCUGAGAUGGUGGAUCUCCCGCAGGCGGAACCGCAUUCACCCCCAUUAAAGCACCUCACCUCCGCCUUCCUUGGCCUCUGUGAACUUCAGGAAGAUGAACGGGUACCGCCACACACCCGGGGCUGGGUAUUUUUCAAAU